AGAUCUCGCUGCCCGAAACUGCCUGGUGGGAGAGAAUCACCUGGUGAAGGUAGCUGAUUUUGGCUUAAGCAGGUUGAUGACUGGUGAUACGUACACCGCCCACGCUGGAGCUAAGUUCCCUAUCAAGUGGACCGCGCCGGAAAGCCUGGCUUAUAACAAAUUCUCCAUCAAAUCUGACGUCUGGGCUUUUGGUGUCUUGCUUUGGGAAAUCGCCACGUACGGCAUGUCCCCGUAUCCUGGGAUUGACCUGUCGCAAGUGUAUGAACUUUUGGAGAAGGACUAUCGCAUGGAGCGC